AUGAACCAAACUACUUCUGAGGCCAACUCCACUGCCUCCAAGGGCAAGAAGCCCAGUGCCGAGCUCUUCUGCCGUGAAGUUGAUAAAGCACACAGGGAAAAUGCCUUGCGCUUUCUCUUGGGGAUUCUUCAAACUUCCAACAUCCAGCACGCUGCAGUUCGAAACCGCUACUACCGUCUGAAGGAGAAGAUGGACAAGGAGUCUGAUGAGGCUGUCGCCGGAAAAGUUGAGGCUGAAGUUACUCAAGGCGAAGAUAUUGAGUAUGAGGAUGGCAGCGAGGACGGAGAAAUUGUGACCAAGAGGUGA